AUGCCCCGCUUCAGCCUACCUCGCCUUGAAACCCUCAGCAAACCCAAAUUUCUCAAUGGCAUACCAAACAAUAGUAUCUUUGCCAUAGCGACUCUCAUCGCCGUCAAUGCCCUGGUAUGGAUCGCUGCAGGCAUUGUUCUGCACUUCCAUCCACGCCUCAUCUCGCCAGCUGCCCUCUCAUACGUCCUUGGUCUUCGCCAUGCUUUGGACGCAGACCACAUCGCAGCGAUUGAUCUGAUGACACGUCGUCUCAUCGCAUCAGGUCAACGGCCUGCGACAGUGGGGACAUUCUUUUCAUUGGGGCACAGCACCAUCGUCAUAGUAACAUGCAUCGUCGUCGCAGCCACGAGUGGCGCUUUGAGGGAAAGGUUUGAUGGGUUUCAGCACGUGGGAAAUAUAGUUGGAACUAGUGUCAGUGCCGCAUUUCUUAUUAUCCUCUGUAUAGGAAAUGGCUGGGUUCUGUAUAAGCUCAUUCAGCGCUUACAAGCGAUUCUGCAAGAGCGGAGAGACCAAGUCCGACUUGAAGGAUUCGUCGAGGAGGAGACGCAGAUCCAGGAUCACUUUGCUCUGGAGGGAGGAGGCUUCUUGACGCGUGUGUUCAAAAGGCUAUUUCGUGUUAUCGACAGACCGUGGAAAAUGUACCCGCUGGGCGUGGUAUUUGGUCUUGGGUUCGAUACAAGCUCAGAGAUUGCGAUAUUAGGGAUUGCGAGCAUCCAGGCGGUACAAGGGACGAGUAUCUGGUUGAUUCUGAUCUUUCCUAUUCUCUUCACAGCUGGCAUGUGCAUGCUCGACACCACAGACGGAGCCCUCAUGAUGGCCCUGUACACGUCGAAAGCGUUCUCAAGAGACGUGGUAGCUAUUCUGUACUAUUCUAUCGUCCUCACAGGAAUUACAGUCGUGGUAUCAGCUUUCAUCGGCAUCGUCCAGGUUCUCUCCCUAAUACAGAACGUCGCAGACCCUCAGGGGCGGUUCUGGGAUGGAGUUUCCUCGAUCGGCGAUCACUUUGACAUUGUCGGAGGGAGUAUCUGUGGUGUGUUCCUCAUCGUGGGUCUCGGAUCGAUAUUCGUGUAUAAACCUUGGAGGAGGCACGUGGAGAGGCAACAGCAAAGCUUGAUUCAGGAUCCGGAGCCCUCUUUGGACGCUCAAUCGCCUGCGCCUUCGACGGAGCAUGAAGAUGAUGGAUUUGUUCAGGCGCAGAUGAUUGUUUAG